CACAGUCGACGAUAUAAGAGAGCUGUGCACUCCGUCAAACGCAUUUUGAAGAGAAGGAAGCAAUCUGCAGUUUCUACAGGAGCCUGUCAUCAUGUUUCCAGCAGAGGUCUCAGUUGUGGUUUGCAUUGCCCUGGCUCUCAGUGGGGCUGCAGCUCAGGAUGACGAGAAGAAAAAAGUAGAGAAGAGGGAAGUGUCAAUGUACCCGGGUUCCUGUCUGAAGGGAUGGGUCAGUUUCAAUAGCCGGUGCUAUCAGUAUGUGCAGGUCAAGAAGACAUGGGCUGAUGCUGAGCUGUUCUGCCUCAGUGUUGGGGGAAAUCUCGCCUCCGUACACAGCGUCGAAGAGAACAAUUUCAUUCAGAACCUGAUUAAUAAGAAUGAUGCCUCAAAUACUAUUACCUGGCUCGGGGGUUCUGACUGCUUCAAGGAGGGGUCAUGGUAUUGGACCGAUGGAUCUAAAUGGGACUACAACAUCUGGAACAAGGGAGAACCCAACAACUUCCUUGUUGAAAACUGUCUGCAGAUUAACUAUGGGGGAAGCAAUCUGCAGUUUCUACAGGAGCCUGUCAUCAUGUUUCCAACAGCGGUCUCAGUUGUGGUUUGCUUUGCCCUGGCUCUCAGCCAGACUACAGCUCAGGAUGAUAAGAAGAAAGAAGUGGAGAAGAGGGAAGCGUCAAUGUGUGGGGGUUUCUGUCUGAAGGGAUGGGUCAGUUUCAAUAACCAGUGCUACCAGUAUGUAAAAGACAGGAAGACGUGGGCUGAUGCUGAGCUGUUCUGCCUCAGUGUUGGGGGGAAUCUCGCCUCUGUACACAGCAUCGAAGAGAACAAUUUCAUUCAGAACCUGAUCAACAAGAAUGACGCCUCAAAUACUAUUACCUGGCUCGGGGGUUCUGACUGCUUCAAGGAGGGGUCAUGGUAUUGGACCGAUGGAUCUAAAUGGGACUACAACAUCUGGAACAAGGGAGAACCCAACAACUUCCUUGUUGAAAACUGUCUGCAGAUUAACUUUGGGGCUCCCGGAGGUUGGAAUGACAUGGCCUGUCUUAAUUUGUAUCCAUUUGUCUGUGUGUAUAAAAAUAAUUAUCCAUUUGCAUAAAUCUCUAAAACAGAAUGUUAACUAUUUGACAGUUCUGAUUGAUAAAUAAAGUUGAGCAGCAUUGA